AUGCUCUCCUUCGUGAUCGCGCUUCUGUUUUUCUCGUUUUCCAACGCAGCCAUGGAUCCAGAUUCAGUUUACCAGUCGUUUCUCCAAUGUCUACCUUCACAGUCACCGGAUUCCGCCGAGGAUCUCUCCGAACUCAUCUACAGCCCCACCGCGAAUUCAUCUUCCUACACCGCCGUCCUCCAAGCUUACAUCAAAAACCAACGUUUCAACAACACCUCAACACCCAAACCCUCCGUUAUCAUAACUCCGACCACCGAAUCCCAAGUACAAGCCGCCGUUCUUUGCGCUAAGAAACUCGGUGUCCAGAUCAAGAUUCGCAGCGGUGGUCAUGACUACGAAGGAAUCUCCUACACUUCAUCCGACCCUGAUUUCAUCAUACUCGAUAUGUUCAAUUUCCGGCAGAUCGAAGUUAAUAUCGCCGAUGAAACUGCGGUUGUGGGAGCGGGAGCACUGUUGGGAGAGCUUUAUUAUAGGAUUUACGAAAAGAGUAAAGUCCAUGGCUUCCCAGCCGGAGUUUGUCCGACUGUCGGUGCCGGUGGACAUAUAAGCGGUGCUGGUUACGGCACCCUGCUUCGUAAAUACGGAUUGACCGUGGAUCACGUGAUUGAUGCCCGGAUUGUGGAUGCUAAAGGCCAGGUUUUAGAUCGGAAAUCCAUGGGAGAAGAUCUUUUCUGGGCGAUAUGUGGCGGAGGCGGCGGUAGUUUUGGUGUUAUAUUAUCCUACACCGUGAAAUUAGUUCCGGUGCCGGAGGUUAAUACAGUUUUCCGGCUUAAAAGAACGGUGGCAGAAAAAGCUCCAGAACUUGUUCAUAAAUGGCAGAUGGUUAUGCCAAACAUCGAUCAUGAUUUAUACAUCAGAAUCCUGUUACAACCGGUAACUGUGAACAAAGAGAAAACCGGUCGGGCUACAUUUAUAGCACAUUUCUUGGGUGAUUCCGAUAGAUUAGUGGCGUUGAUGAACGAAAACUUCCCGGAAUUAGGUUUGAGAAAAGAAGAUUGUUUUGAAGUAAGUUAUAUUCAAUCCAUACUUUUCUGGGACAACUUAGAUUACAACACGACGGCGCCGGAGAUCCUCCUCGAUCGCCACUCCGACACUGUAAAGUUCGGAAAAAGGAAGUCCGAUUACGUACAAACCCCAAUCCCGGAAUCUGGAAUGAAGUUAAUAUUUAACAAACUAGCUGAACUGGGUAAAAUCAGCUUGGUGUUCAACUCCUACGGCGGGAUAAUGAACGAGAUUCCGGCGGACUCAACUCCAUUCCCCCACCGCGCCGGGAACAUUUUCAAAAUCCAGUAUUCCGUCAACUGGAAUGAUGCUGAUCCCGAAUUGGAGACAAAGUACUUGAAUCAAAGCUUGGUUUUGCAUGAUUUCAUGACGCCUUAUGUGUCAAAGAAUCCGAGAGGGGCGUACUUGAAUUACAGGGAUCUUGACAUCGGCGUGAUGACCGGAGACAGUUACUGUGAAGGCGAGGUGUACGGCUUGAUGUACUUCAUGGGGAAUUUUGAAAGAUUGGUGAAGGUUAAGACGGCGGUUGAUCCGGAUAACUUCUUCAGAAACGAACAGAGUAUCCCAACUCUCGCCGGAAAGAACUCAGGCGAAUCCAAGAAGACGAUGAAGUGA